GAUUUUGCUGUAUCUACCGUUCCUGUCUCGGGGACGUUGCAUCUCCGCAGCUUCUGCAGCAUGGCGGGACCUGACACCGUUGUCAUUGGCAGCAGUGAAGUGGCCAAGAAAGCCAUGAAGACCAUGGAGCAAUUAACUGAUCACCACUACGAAACGCUGACAGUUCCUGAUGACCCAGCUGCUAAUUGUAUCUAUGCUCGUCUGGGGCAGAAGAGUAGCGUUCUUUUGCAUCGCAGCACUGAAGAAUAUCCAAACAGCGUGCAACCUUUUCAGAAGCUUCCAGAUUACACCCUGAUCCCUGCGGCGUGCACAGAAGUAGCCAAACUUGGUGGGACUCUCACUUCCUGCUCUCUUCUCAUCAACAAGAAGCUGGAGAUCUAGUGCCUAUAGAUCCACACAAAAAUACAGGUUCCCCCAGUUCCUGGAGCCUUUUCCUUGUUUUCUUUGUGCAGAGCAAUGUAGCUUUUUUUCCCCCCUCUCCACUUCCUUACGGAGCAGAGCGCCGCCCUAAUUCCCACCUCGGCUAAUUGGCUCACAUUUAAAUUUGGCAUCUGUUUCUCUCUUAAUUUACAUUGGACCUUCUUCCCCCACCAAGCCCUACCUCUCUUUACUUUCUCUCUUUAUCUUUGUUUAUGUUACCCUUUAGAACAGGGGUGUCAAACUCAAGGCCCGGGGGCCAGUUCCAGCCCAUGGGGUGCUUAGAUCUGGCCCACUGGGCUGCCCUGUUAAUAGCGAAGGAUCGGCCCGCAAUGCCUCUGCCAGCAAAAAUGGCGCUCGGGAGGGCCACGUGCUCCGUUUUCGCUGGCAGAGGUUUGCAGGAGCCCAUCCCAGCUGAAAAUGGAGCUCUGGAGCCCGUUUUCACUGACAGAGCUCUCAGGCCGCCACAAGCGCCCCUGACACGAGGGACAUCAUGCUGGCCACGCCCCCUGGCCACGCCCCCCAGCCCCCCCGCCAAGGUCAAACACAGCCUUGAUGCGGCUCUAAAUGAAAUUGAGUUAGACACCCCUGCUUUAGAAAUAUUUUUUUACCCUGGCAUAGAUAAGGGUUUAUAUCUCUUGCUCCCCAAACUUAAUAAAAGCCACAUCAGGAAGCUUGGCCCUUCAGCAGUUCGUCAGUAACUCCGAUUUUAAUAAGGUUCUCAAAUUUUCAACCCCACUUGGACGAUUUAAGAUUAACAGUGGUGCUUUCUUCUUCUUCUUCUUCUUCUUCUUCUUCUUCUUCUUCUUCUUCUUCUUCUUCUUCUUCUUCUUCUUCUUCUUCUUCUUCUUUUCCUUUGUCAAUGGGAGGAUUUUGUGGGACAAGAUUAUUGCAAUAGAUCCUGAGAUAUAGUUUUGGGCAGCCUUUUUGGGAAGAUCCUUAGGAGCUUCCACCGUGAAGUCUGCAUCCAAAAUGGUGGCCAAAAUAGGACCUUUGUUUUUCUCUCUUUCUCUAUCAUUAUAUUAGUUUUGGAGAAGAGAGGUAUUCAUGUAGCCAAGGUCUGCUUGUGAUUGUUAUUGCAAGCGAUCUUUGACACGUUUGGCAGACAGAUGAUCUUCCAUUAUUAGAGAACUGGAUAAUUCUAAUACUUUUGCUAUUACAGGUUAGGAGCAGGGGUGGGUUUAGCAACUGGUUCUCUGCCCGAUUGCUGAGUGGGCAUGGCCAUGGUAGCUGUGGCCUA